GGCACACGUUCCUUCACUCGGCCCGGCUCCCCUCCCCCCUCCUCCCUCCUCCGGUUUCUGAUCGCGACCAUGGGAACCCGCGGGCUCGCGCUGGCGCUCCUCGCCGCGGUGCUGCUGCUGCAAACCGUCCUCCCGGCGGCGUCCGAGGCGGAGGGCCUCGUGCGGAUCGCGCUCAAGAAGCGCCCCAUCGACCGGAACAGCCGCGUCGCCACGGGCCUCUCCGGCGGCGAGGAGCAGCCCCUCCUCAGCGGCGCCAACCCCCUGCGCUCCGAGGAGGAGGGCGACAUCGUGGCCCUCAAGAACUACAUGAACGCCCAGUACUUCGGGGAGAUCGGCGUCGGCACGCCUCCGCAGAAGUUCACCGUCAUCUUCGACACCGGCAGCUCCAACCUCUGGGUGCCCUCCGCCAAGUGCUACUUCUCGAUUGCGUGCUACCUCCACUCACGCUACAAGGCUGGGGCGUCCAGCACCUACAAGAAGAAUGGAAAGCCUGCUGCCAUUCAGUAUGGCACUGGUUCGAUUGCUGGAUAUUUCAGCGAGGAUAGCGUUACAGUGGGUGAUCUAGUUGUGAAAGAUCAGGAGUUCAUUGAAGCUACAAAGGAGCCAGGUAUUACUUUCUUGGUUGCAAAGUUCGAUGGUAUCCUUGGGCUUGGGUUUAAGGAAAUAUCUGUUGGCAAAGCAGUACCUGUGUGGUAUAAAAUGAUAGAGCAAGGUCUUGUCAGUGAUCCUGUUUUCUCGUUCUGGCUCAACCGACAUGUUGAUGAAGGAGAGGGUGGUGAGAUUAUUUUUGGAGGAAUGGAUCCUAAGCACUAUGUUGGUGAACACACAUAUGUCCCAGUCACCCAGAAGGGAUAUUGGCAGUUUGACAUGGGUGAUGUCCUGGUUGGAGGGAAGUCCACAGGAUUUUGUGCUGGUGGUUGUGCCGCAAUUGCUGAUUCUGGAACUUCACUGCUUGCUGGCCCCACGGCCAUAAUUACUGAAAUUAACGAGAAGAUUGGUGCGGCUGGGGUAGUCAGCCAAGAGUGCAAAACAAUUGUUUCUCAAUAUGGACAACAGAUCCUCGACCUGUUGCUAGCAGAGACACAGCCCAAAAAGAUCUGCUCCCAGGUUGGUCUGUGCACCUUUGAUGGGACUCGUGGUGUUAGUGCCGGAAUUCGGAGCGUGGUCGAUGAUGAACCUGUGAAAUCAAAUGGCCUCCGUGCCGAUCCCAUGUGCAGUGCCUGUGAGAUGGCUGUUGUAUGGAUGCAGAACCAACUUGCACAGAACAAGACCCAGGAUCUCAUACUAGAUUACGUUAACCAGCUGUGCAACCGUCUCCCAAGUCCCAUGGGAGAAUCAGCCGUGGACUGCGGCAGCCUUGGGUCCAUGCCUGACAUUGAGUUCACCAUUGGUGGCAAGAAGUUUGCGCUGAAACCAGAAGAGUAUAUCCUGAAGGUUGGUGAAGGAGCUGCUGCCCAGUGCAUCAGUGGAUUCACAGCCAUGGACAUCCCGCCUCCUCGCGGUCCUCUCUGGAUCCUGGGAGACGUCUUCAUGGGCCCGUACCACACCGUCUUUGACUACGGCAAGCUGCGUAUUGGCUUUGCCAAGGCGGCCUGAAGGGUGGUCGAGCGAGCGCCCCAUCGUGGAGGCGGACACUUGCGCCGGGAGAGAGCUUAGCUUUUUACUCCGAAUUUGACCGGUGAUGUGUGUUGUGUAUAUAUGCUGCAUGCUGCUUUUCAAAGACCCUGCCUGACAUGACCAAGGGUUGGUUCCUAAGAUGGCAAGACUGUUUCUGGACGUUUGCCCCUAAGAUGUUGUCGAAUUAGUAUGUGAUAAACAACGUUUGCCUUCUAGUAACCUGUGGUUUACGAUGCCAGAAUCUUAUUUGCCCGCUAUGAAA